AUAUACGGUCUUAUUCAUAAUCAUUUUUCACAUUUUAUCAAAUGCUUAUUAGAGGUUUAUAAAACGUUUGAUAAAAAUUGUUAUUCAUAAUCGUCAUUUAGCGCUAAAAUCCUCUUAUAACUGUGUGAUAAGUUAUCGAGAGCUCGGGCCUUGUUUAAAGCUCUAAUAAACCUAUUUUAACCUAACUUUUAUAAAUGUCAUUUCAUAUGAAUGUCACUUCGUUGGUUUAUUUAUUCAAAAUAUCCUUGCUGUGAUCCUUGCUUGUGAAAAUGAAUGCUAUAAAUGCAAUUGUGCAUUUAGCCAAUAAUGCCGACCCAGCGCGACGUAGAAAGCUCUACCGCCAACGAAGCAACCCAUUCGAUUUGCGGGACCUAAAUUUUAAAAUAAAAUAUAGGUUCAAUAAGGACACAGUGCGCACCAUCAUAGAUUUGGUGGAAGAUGAUCUGGUUCAGAGCGCUAGAGGUGGUGGCACGUGUCCUGAACUGCAAGUUUUAGUGGCCAUAAGAUGUUGGGGACGUCGUGAGGUACAAGAUGAUGCUGGUGACCUCCAUGGCCUAAGUCAGCCGACAGUGAGCCGGAUAUGCGCCAGAGUCGCGCAUGCAAUCGCGAAUAAGGCAAAUUCCUUCAUCAAAAUGCCUAUCACUAUAGGAGAGCAGGAAAGAAUUAGUGCCAAAUUUAGAGCAAUUAAAAAUUUUCCUGGGGUGAUAGGAGCCAUAGAUUGCACCCACAUUAAAAUUAAAAAAACCGGAGGUGACAUGGCCCAGUACUAUAUUAAUAGAAAAGGCUAUUAUUCCCUGAAUGUUCAGGUUGUCUGUGAUGCUGACCUCAAAAUAAUGGAUAUAGUGGCUAGAUGGCGAGGCAGUACACAUGACAGUCGAAUUUUUAUGGAGAGCAAUAUAAAACAACGAUUUGAGGAUAGGCAGUUUAGAGGACGCCUUAUUGGCGAUUCGGGCUACCCUCUUCUGCCAUAUCUAUUUACACCUAUUUUAAGGCCUAGUCGUCCAGAAGAAGAAGCAUACAAUAAUGCUCACAUCUCAACUAGGAACACUGUUGAAAGGUGUUUUGGGGUGUGGAAGCAGCGGUUCCAAUGCCUACUCCAUGGCUUACCAGUAAGCCUCCAAAAUGGAAAAGCUGUGAUCAUAGCAUUGGCUGUAUUACAUAAUAUAGCCAUUGAUAUGAAUGACACAUUGUUAGAACAACAUAUGGAGCAGGUCCCUGUAACUCCGCAACUUUCGACGGAGAACAGUGUUCACGACAACCGACCUUCAUUGUUGAGGCGUAGGUCGCAGUUGAUACUACAAAAUUUUAUAAAUCAACAUUUUUGAAUGAUACUGUUCCUGGCAUCUUAAUGAAAAUAAAAAGAAUAUUUGAUUGAAAAA